CUCACCUGUGCUCACCUGCAGGGCCCGCAGUGCCAGCGGUGCCGCCCGGGGUUCGUGGGCUCGGCCCUGGGGGGGGGCACCUGUCUCACCUGUCGCUCCUUCUGCCGCCACCGCGCCGACGUCUGCGUGAGCCGAGCCGAGCUGGAGCGGCACCGGCGAGACCCGCGCAGGUACCCCCUGGAACCACACCUGAUCCACACCUGGGUGUUGGAGGGGCCGAGCGAGGCCCAGGCCGUGUGCGUGAACUGCCAGAACAACAGCGUGGGCGACAGGUGUGACACCUGCCGGGCCGGCUACUUCAUGCUGGACGGCACCUGCACCAG